AGCGGCCGCAGCACUGGGUGGAAGGCUGGAUUUGAACGCCUGUCUUCUCCUCUCUCUUGUUCUUUUUACCGGGACAGCACGAGACUGGAACAGGAGAUAACGGGACCGGAGGCUCAUAGAGAAUAGAAAAGAGAAGAGCCAGAAGACACUGAGGAAUAUAAAACCCUGGACAGAAUAUCUGCAGUUAGGAAUACAAGACACUUGUCAGGCGAUCUGCUGUUAGGAAUACGAGACCCUGGACAGAAUAUCUGCUAUUAGGCUUAACACAAGUAAAGGACUGAACACACCUGCCAGUCAAGUCUUUCCUGAAAGAGACAAUAGCUCUUCGUUUUCUAUUUUGUUAUAGCUCUAUAUCCCUUUCUCUCUAAUGGGAGUAACUUAGAACACGUUGUUCCAUCUCAUGCCCCGCCGCCUCCCUGCGUUUCCGUGGUGACGGGAGCGCCCAGCAGAAAGUAAUGUCGUGGAAGAGGAACUAUUUUGCGUCGGGCGGUGGCAGUGGAAGUCCUGGUGGAGGGCUACAGGGCCUGAUCACGACCCCACGAACUAUGGCCUCUUUUGCCCCAAGUAAAGGCCUCAGCAAUGAACCUGGACAGAACAGCUGCUUCCUAAACAGUGCCCUGCAGGUCCUGUGGCAUCUGGAUAUCUUUCGUAGAAGCUUCCGACAGUUGACCACCCACAAGUGUAUGGAAGACUCUUGCAUCUUCUGUGCCCUAAAGAGUAUCUUUGCCCAGUUCCAGUUCAGCAGUGAGCGUGUUUUACCGUCGGAUGUUCUGAGAAGCGCGCUGGCCAAGACUUUCCAGGAUGAACAGCGCUUCCAGCUGGGGAUCAUGGACGAUGCAGCGGAGUGUUUCGAGAACCUUCUGAUGCGUAUCCAUUUUCACAUCAGUGCUGAGACCAGAGAGGACAUCUGUACAGCUAAACACUGUAUACCACACCAGAAGUUUGCUAUGACGCUUUUCGAACAGUGUGUGUGUAAUAGUUGUGGAGCCACUUCAGACCCCCUUCCCUUCAUUCAAAUGGUCCACUACAUCUCGACCACCUCUCUCUGCAGUAACCAGGCGGUACGGAUGCUGGAGUGCAGAGAGAAGCCCACGCCAGACAUGUUCGGAGAGCUUCUCCGUAACGCCAGCAACAUGGGAGACCUGCGCAACUGCCCUAGUAACUGUGGGGAGGUGUUGCGUAUCCGCCGUGUUCUGAUGAACUCUCCAGAGAUAGUGUCUAUCGGCCUGGUCUGGGACUCGGACCACUCGGACCUGGCUGAGGAUGUCAUACACAGCCUGGGCACCUGUCUACGCCUGGGGGAUUUAUUCUACCGUGUGACAGAGGAGAGGGCACGUCAGGCAGAGCUCUACCUGGUGGGCAUGGUGUGUUACUAUGGUAAACACUACUCCACAUUCUUCUUCCAGACCAAGAUACGCAAGUGGAUGUAUUUUGAUGACGCCCAUGUCAAAGAGAUUGGUCCUAAGUGGAAGGACGUUGUGGCUCGCUGUAUAAAGGGUCAUUACCAGCCUUUACUGCUUCUGUAUGCUGACCCCCAGGGAACACCAGUAGUAUCGCAGGACAACCCCUCCCUCUCCAAUCCCCAGCUGGACCUGCUGCACUGCAGCAAGGCUGGCUAUGACAGUGAGGACUCAGGGCGGGAGCCCUCCAUUUCCAGUGAUACCCGUACCGAUUCCUCAGACAGUUCUAGCCACAGAGCAUCUGGAAAUCGCCCGCUGCAUCAGUCAACCGGGAGCCACCUGUCAAACGAAUCGCAGACCACUGUGAUUGGUAACCAUGACAAUGGCACACUCCUACACAAUGUAGAUGCAGCAGACUCAGUACCGGAGGCUCCGCCCCUUCCCCCCACCCCUUCUCUACAUGGAGACUAUAAAGAGACCGCUGUGUUCCUCCUCUCCUCUCGUCGUCCCAUGGCCUCUUGCUCUUCCUCCCAUCCUCUCUCCUCCUCGUUCACGACUUCCUUCUCCACCUGCUCCCCCAAACCCCCCUCCUCGACGUGUUCCUCCUACCCCCUCUCUUCCUCCUCUUCGUCUCGUCCCAUGUCCUCUUCCUCCUCCUCGGGUAUUGGGGGGUCAGUGCUGGGAUCUGAGGCGGGGGCAGUGGGGCCACACUGGGAGGAUGAGAGCACUAGCAGCGAGUCCAAGUCCAGCUCUUCCGGAGGUCGAUGCUACCGGCCUGCCUGGAGGCCGCGGAGGGAAGCCCUGAACAUCGACAGCAUCUUCACAGGCCAGAGAGGCCCUCCGCUGGGCUACAACACCCUGCCUGGGCCCCAUCGACCUCCAGAGCUCCAACAACACCGUGGUGAACUGCAGCUGUCAGCAGACGGGGCCAGGAGUGCAGGGUGCCUGGCGGGAGGCACGGAGGUGGUGGCCCGGGUGGCAGGGAUGCCUGGCUUUCAAGGCAACGGCACAGACCUCCACCCUCCUCCUCCCCCGUUGAGAGGGCCAGAGCAUCAGCCUCGUCUUAUCCAGAGGAUGGAGAGUGGCUACGAGAGCAGCGAGAGGAACAGCAGCAGCCCUGAUAGGGAGGUAGGUCAGAAGCGUGUGUUGAUGUCUGGUCCAUCGUGGCGCUCGGUGCCCAAGUCUAAGAGCACCAGCGCCAUCCUGCAGGAGCUGCCAGCACCUAGCUGGGGCAGCAGCAACCACCUGGGCACUGGCCGCAGUGAGCUGGAUGAGCUUCAGGAGGAAGUGGCGCGGAGAGCGCGGCAACAGGAGCAGCAGAGGAGGAAACAGGCAGAGAGAGAAGCUGCCAUGGGCUUCAACCCCAGACCCUCCAAAUACAUGGACUUAGACCAGCUACAGCACCAGGCUGUGCUAAGCCCCGUGCAUGAGGCUAAUGCUCGUAGUGGAUUGGCUGUAGCUGCGUGCAUGAGGAGCACUGGGGAACCAAUCACACAGGAACAGGAUAUGGAGCAGGAGACAGGAAGUGCCCAUCCACAAGGGCACCGCAGUGAACAGCCUGGCCCGCUCCAAGUACUGCUGACAUCCAAUCAGGAGGGGGAAGAGGUCCGGCCAGCAUACCAGGAUGCAGCCCUGGGCCCUGGCCAGUCCCCUAUCUCCUACCGACCCUCCACCAACCUCCCUCCUCUCCACUCAUCCCUCACACUCCCUCCCACCAACACCCACCCAUCACAGGCCGAGCAGGGGAGGGACGGCCUUUCCAGAGGGCGAGCGACCACAGAAGGAGUCAGUACGGGGGAGGAUGGGGAGAUGAGGACCGUUGAGCAGGGUGAGAAUGAGGAGUGGGUGAGGAGGGGUGUGGAAGGUCAGGGGAUGAGGCUGGAUGACUUGAUACAGGUUGGGGGUGUGUGUGUGAGGCCUCUGGGUAGACACCUGGCCAUCUCCCUACCCUCUCUACCUCUCCGAAUCUGGGAUAUCACACACCCAACACCCUCACACACACAUUCACUCUCUGACCCCCAACAAACACACUCUCCACCCUCACGUUUAAACACUUCACCCACCUCCCCUUACUCCCAUAGCCAACCCCACCGCUCUCCUUGCACCUCCUCUCUCCAUUGCACCAAUCAAAGUUCCCCUCCCGACACUGUCACGCGUCAUUGGUCCUCCUGGAGCUUGAACCGCCCAGAUGCCGUGGUUACGCCAUACGACACACCUCCAGACCGCUGCCUUCCCAUUAAGCCACACUUCUCCAAACGAAACUACAACUCCCAGCCUGCCACUGGGCAGCAUGGCACCUGUGACCCUGAGGAGGUGGAGUUAUCAGAGUUGGACUUCCUGUUCCGGGCCAGCCUUCAGGCAGGGAGUAAAGGCACGUACUGCAAAUAUUGUGGUAGCCUGGCUGAGAGGCUGCAGUCUGGGGAAGGAGGUCCAGCCCGCUCCCUCACCCCCAACACCAGUAUGGAGAGGAGGCACUGCAGCAGCACAAUGGCCCGCAGUCAAAGCAGCACAGUCAUCAGCCCACAUCACCACCGUCUCACUGCAACACGCAGCUUUGUGAAGCAGAUGUCAGUGGCUCUGCUUUCUCACCUAAUCUUCUGUGAGGCCAUGUAUUGCAACAUCCACAUCGCUGUCAUCAUUAUCAUCACCAUCUUCAUCAUGAUAUUAGCCUUGAUCAUCACCUUCUUUAUCCCAGUCUUCAUCUUCUACUUCCUCUUCAUCAUCAGAAUCCCCCAGUCCUUCCAUUUCUUCAGUCAGGUAAUUGCAACGUCACCCCUUACCCUUUACCUAUGGGGCCUGUCCGUCACCCUGUAUUGUCCCUCCCCCUGCAGGACCUGACCAGUGGCACAGGGAGUUUCUGGUGUCUAACAGGGGUGAAGCUGUCUACCGACCACUGAGGCGUCACCAUAUGCAUCUACACUAGGCACCUUCUGAGGACACCCUCUGGGGUCCUCACCCUUCACAAUGCUAUGGGGACCUUCCAGAGGUGCCCUCUGCGGUCCUCACCCUUCACAAUGCUAAAAGCACCUUCCUGGGCUGCCUUCUGUGGUCCUUGUCCUCUACAAUGCUACAGGAACCUAACAGCGCCGCCCUUUAGGGUCCUCACCCUUCACAAUGCUAAAGGCACCUUCCAGGGCUGCCCUCUGGGGUCCUUAUCCUCGACAAUGCUAAAGGCACCUUCCAGGGCUGCCCUCUGGGGUCCUUAUCCUCGACAAUGCUAAAGGCACCUUCCUGGGCUGCCCUCUGGGGUCCUUAUCCUCGACAAUGCUAAAGGCACCUUCCUGGGCUGCCCUCUGUGGUCCUUAUCCUCUACAAUGCUACAGGAACCUAACAGGGUUAGGGUCCUCACCCUCCACAAUGCUACAGGCUCUUUCCAGGGCUGCCCUCUGGGAUCCUUAUCCUCCACAAUGCUACAGGCAUCUUCCAGGGCCGCCCUCUGGGGUCCUUAUCCUCGACACCACUACAGGAGACUUUCAGCGCCUCUCUUUACUUUCCACACCACUAUAAGCACCUCUCAGGGCAGCCUUCUGGGGAUCUAACCAUCCUCAGUUACAGGAACUCCCAGGUCAGCUCUGUACUACGCAUUGGCAUGAUAGGAGAUUGGCCUAGGACCCCCGAAACAUACAGCUCUCCCCACCUGCUCCCCCGAAGGUCAGAGAAAGUUCCCUUUGUUCCACCACCACCCUUUCCCAACUAUUCAGUCUAUGCAGUCAUUGUCACACCCCUAAGGAGGAAUUACUCUGAAACUCCAAACUCACCUAUUACUCCUGUAGCCAGCUAGCUAGCUGCUAGCCUGUUAGCUUCCUAAUAUGAACAGUCUGAACAUUAGCCUAAUGUUGCCCCUUUUUGGGUCUAGAGGAAGUAGAUUAGCCUGGUUUGGCCUCCCUACUUAUCUGCUCCAAUCAGAGGGGCUCUGGGAACAUUUAGAUGACUGGCAGAUCCACAAAGGGAGGGGGUUUACAGUUUAGCAACGCCUCUUACUCUAUCUUCACGGGCAUUUCCUGUCAGAUGAUGGCAGGGCACACCAAGCUGGGUUACUUCCACAGCAACCCCAGGACGUGUGCGUACGUGCCUAAUUAGCUACAUAUACACUGAACUCUGAUAAUAACUAAAGUCAUGUACAGAACUACUAUGUAUGAAACGUGUAUGUUAUUAAGACCUUAUGGAAUGUUCAUGUUAAUAAUGAUAAUAAUGAAGAUAUUGAUAUAACUUUAGUGGUACGUCCUGGUCCUGGAGGGAGUGAUCUUCACCUGUUCAGCUGGAGGUCACCUGAGUGUCCAUUGUACUAGCUAACGCUGCUCUCCCAUUUCUACCGGGAGAUACCACCAGACUAGCGCUUCCUUUUCCCUUUGUUAAUUUAAAUAUUAAUAUAUAGAUUAUUUGUUUCAUAUACUGUACCGGUAGCUAAAUGGAACAACCCUUUGCACACCUGAUGUAACAUAAGAGAGAGGGUUAGGGAACUGAAGUGUACUUUGUUAAGUGUGUUUCUUGAGACUACUUGAGGAAAUGUUCUAGCUGAAAGGUACUUGUAUAAGUGCACUUGAUGAAGGGUAAAUAUAAUUUAAGGCCUCAGUUUAACAUGAUUGGGUCUUAGAGAAUCUCAGUAAGUAUCUCAUGUACCUUUCAGUUCAAAGUUGAACAACUUUAAACAGUAUAUGUACUUUGUGUGUUAAAGAAUGAUUUUAAGGCCAUGCCAUGGUAUAUUUUACUCAUGGAAAUGUGUCUCUCAGCCUCCACUUAUAACAGAGUUAUGAAAGUGUUAUAAACAACACAUUGUGUUUCUCUUACACCCAUAACUGAAUAACACUGAAAUGACACAUAACACAUGACACACAUCUCAAAUGUUAUGUUGUUUAAUCUACUAAACAUGUUAUGACAAAUUGUACAUAAAAUAUGUACCUACUGUACAUUUAAUACAUAAUAACAAAUCCCAGUGCAGAAAGAUAUCUAGAUGUAACUGAUUGUUGUUUUCUAAACCAAAGGGUGUGGCACUUAAACUAAGAAACAAUCUCUGUCGGUCUUUAACAUUGUCAAUUUUUUAAUGUUCAUUAUGUUUGCUGUUGUUUGUGUUUUGGAUGUGGGAGAAUGUAGCCAACUGUAGCGCAUGAGUCCGCUAUGCAAAUCAACCUUCCCUUCUGAUCCUUGACCUCUGACCUGACAGACAGGAAACAGGAAGUAGACAUGCCCAAGAAUGAACACUUUAUUUAGUAAGGAAGUACAGAAUAUAAGUGACUAAAUGCUGCUGUUGAAUUCUGUCAAAGACUGAAUCCCAAAUGGCACCCUAUUUUCUGUGUGGUCCACUUUUGACCAGAGCCCUGCAUAGGACAUAGGGGAGGAUAGAGGUGUUUGGCCACAUACAUGCCACAUACAUGCAUACAUUAUUAAUGAAAUGUUUCACUACGUUGUUAGGUCGACUGUAUACUAUGCUAGGAACAGCCAAUGGAAAUUAGAUGCAAAGAGAGAGAGAGAGAGAGAGAGAGAGAGAUACAGAAGGGGAUGAUGAAUGAAAGGAUGAAGGAGAGAAUAUAUAACAGUAUGUGUGUGAAAUAGAAAUUACAUAUGAAGGAGGGCUAGAAGUCAUUUUCAGAGAGUUUGUGUGCGUGUGUGUGUCUGUGUGUGUGUGUGUGUGUGUGUGUGUGUGUGGUGUUUGUGUAUGUUGGUACUCGGGGAAAGAGGGAUCCUGUAUUUUUGCAAUAAAGUUAUUACCACUGCUCUCCUACUGGGAGCGUAACCACUCA